CAAUGACCUCUGAAAAGAACUUUGCUCUUCUUUAUUGCGCUGAUGACAGCACAAUGACUGGAAGGCAGAAUCGGCUUCAGGAAGAAACGCACUCUCUGGAGGCCAAGUCAGGCUUUAUGUUUGCAAACCCGGCGCGUGGGGGCCUUGGGCACAGCUGCAGCAGUGACAUCGAGGGUGCAGACAGACCUGCGCGUUAACAGAUUAAGGAAAAGAUCGUUGAGUGACUGCAAAUGUGGGAAGGUCAUAACACUCUGGAGUAAAGAAUCUGGACCAGCAUGUCUGCCUACUACAGGAGUAACAGCUAUGAGAGGGGCACAGAUUACCCCGACUAUUCAAGGUCUCAGGACCGUAAGAAGGAGUAUUUGAAAACUCAGGGUUAUCCAGUCUUUCCAGGUUCUCUGAACAAUCCAGACUCUCCCAGCCCCAGGAGCAAUGCACAUUCUGCAGGAUCCAGAACAAACCCAGACCUUCCUGAGCCUAUAGGAGAACCAGAUUAUCCUGGAUCUCCAAAUUCUCCAGAUUAUCACCGCCCCAGGAAUAAUCCCUAUUCUGAAGACUACAGGACAAGUCCAGACUAUCACAAGUCUCUUCCAGAGCUUGAUUAUAUUGAAUACCAGAGUGAUCCACACCACUUGGGCUCACUCAGAGAGCCAGACUACCCUGGAGCUAAAGGCAACCGCCCUAGCCACAGAGCCGAUUUUAACCAUUCAGGCUCUAGAAGGAAUCUAGGCUUUGGUGGUUCCAGAAUCAGUCCAUACACAGACUCUCUGGGUGAGCCUGAUUAUCCAGGUACUGAGAAUCAACCCAACUCUCCCCACUCUUUUGGGGACCCAGACUAUCCUCGUGCUGUGGACCAUCAGAAUUCUCCAGAUGUCUGGGGGACACCUGAUUACCCAGGUGCUAAGGAUGGUCAUGGUUAUAGUUCUUCUGAGACCUGGAAAAUGACCAAGGGGGGUAAUGGCCCCUUGGGCCUCCUUGGAGGAGAGAAUGAAAAUUACCCUGAAAACAUUGAAAUGACAUCUGUGAAGAUGGCCAAUCCAUACGGCCACUCUCUACCAGGUGCUCCAGGAAACGGCUAUGUGAACCCUGCUUUUAUGGGAGAAAAUAGCCCUCUCCACGAUAAUGGAACCCUCCCGUCAUCCAGAUGUGAUUGGCACGAGUCAUCUCAAGGGCAAAAGUUAAUUGCAUCCCUGAUACCCAUGACAUCUAGAGAGAGAAUUAAAACCAUCAGGAACCAGCCAAGGACCAUGGAGGAGAAAAGGAAGCUUAGGAACAUAGUUGACAAAGAGAAAAGUAAACAGUCCCAUCGCACGCUCCGGCUCAAGUGCUGUGCUCAGUAUCUGAACUCCUUUUCUCGGGGUUAUCGGAGAUCCAAGAACAGUCUUUCCGAGCUCCUCAGUUCCAUCAGCUUGUGGCAGAAGACGCUCAAGGUCAUCGGAGGCAAGUUUGGAACCAGCGUCCUCUCCUAUUUCAACUUCCUGAGGUGGCUUUUGAAGUUCAACAUCUUCUCCUUCGUCUUGAACUUUAGCUUCAUCAUAAUCCCUCAGCUUACGGUGGCUGAAAGGAACACGCAGCAGUUCACCGGGCAGGAAUUUCUCACUGGGGCGGGCUACUUCACAAAAACAGUGAUGUACUAUGGCUUUUACACCAAUUCAACAAUCAGGCACGGGAGCAGUGGGGCGGCCUAUGACAUGCAGCUGGCCUACAUCUUCACAGUCGCCGCAUGCCUGGUCAUCUGCUUCUUCAGUUUGCUUUACAGCAUGGCCACGUAUUUCCGGAACAACUUCAUUAACCCUCACAUUUACUCCAGAGGGAUCGCUAAACUUAUCUUCUGCUGGGACUUCACUGUCACUCACGUAAAAGCUGUGAAGCUAAGGCAGAAGAACCUCAGCACGGAGAUAAGGGAGAACUUGUCGGAGAUCCUCCACGAGAAUGUCAAGUUCACAUUCCGCCAGCGGCUGGCCCGCUUUUCUGCUCACCUGGCAGCCUGGCUUGUCUCAACGGGAAUGGCUGGCGCCUGCUGUGCAGCUGUGUAUUACCUGGCUCAGUACAACUCUGAGUUCCUGAGGACGCACAGGGACCCCUGGGCAGUGCUGUUACUGCCUUUUGUGGUGUCCUGCAUCAAUUUGAUCGUGCCGCGCCUCUACUCCAUGUUUGGGCUGGUGGAGAAGUACGAGAUGCCCCGGCACGAAGUGUACAACCUCCUGAUCCGCAACAUCCUUCUAAAAAUGUCAGUCAUCGGAAUUCUCUGUCACUAUUGGCUCAACACUGUGGCGCUAUCUAACGGAGAGUGCUGGGAAACUGUCAUUGGCCAGGAGAUCUACCGGCUCCUUCUGAUGGAUUUCAUGUUCUCUCUGGCUGACUCCUUCCUGGGCGAGUUUUUGAGGAGGAUCAUUGGGAUGCGAUUCAUCACAAGUCUUGGCUUACAGGAGUUUGACAUUGCCAGGAAUGUUCUAGAACUGAUCUAUGCACAAACGCUGGUGUGGAUUGGGAUCUUCUUCUGCCCUCUGCUGCCCUUUAUCCAAAUGAUUACUCUGUUCAUCAUGUUUUAUGUAAAAAACAUCAGCCUGAUGAUGAACUUCCAGCCUCCGAGCAAAGCCUGGCGGGCCUCCCAGAUGAUCACAGUCUUCAUCUUCUUGCUCUUCUUCCCUUCCUUCACCGGAGUGCUGUGCACCCUGGCCAUCACCAUCUGGAGAUUGAAGCCUUCGGCUAAUUGCGGCCCCUUCCGAGGCCUGCCUCUCUUCAUUCAGUCCAUCUAUCUUUGGAUCGACACCCUGCGUAGGAAGCCUGGCUACAUGUGGGUGGUCUGGAUCUAUCAGAACCUCAUCGACAGUGUGCACUUCUUUUUCAUCCUCACUCUCAUCGUGCUAAUCAUCACCUAUCUUUACUGGCAGAUCACAGAGGGAAGGAAGGUUAUGAUCAGGCUGCUCCACGAACAGAUCAUUAACGAGGGCAAAGAUAAGAUGUUCCUGAUAGAAAAGUUGACCAAACUGCAAGACAUGGAGAAGAGGGCAAACCCCAGCGCACUUAUUCUGGAGAGGAGAGAGAUGGAGCAACAAGGCCCUGUGCAUUUGGGGGAAUGUAGUGCUGCUGCUGACCUGCGAUUUAGGCGAUCCACUCAAGAAGAUAAUUUAAGGGCCUGAUGACUAUUGUGGUGGCCAGACAGACAUCAAGCCAAUAAGGAAAGAAGAUUAAGAUGGGACAGAUUCUUCCACGACACCUGAGCCUCGAGAAGCUUGUGGAAGAGAAUCCAAGCCUUUAGCAGGGAGUGGUAAACUAACCCACACUAUCAAUGCCAAAGUGAAAUUGGGCAUGCUCUGCUACCUUUCAAACCUGGAUUGAUGUUUUCAAGACAACAUAAUUGGGAUUUUCCAGUAAACUGUUGAAAUGGUAAAUUUAACCCAGAAAAUGUGGGAAAGAUAUAAUCUGAAACUGAUGUACUUUGUCUUUGAGAAAUGUGUCUGAAUUAUUGGUCCUUAGCAAUCUCUCCUCCCAGAUCUGGCAAAGGUUUAGAAACUGGUGCUGUGAAAAGUGGUCCAGAG